UCUCUUAUAGCAGAGCCCAAAAACCAACUCUCUUAUAGCAGAGCUCUCUCUUCUCUAAAAUGGCAAGCGUUGCGGUGCCUGCCCACCAUGGUCAACCGACAAGUGAAGUUCGUUGGUCAACUGGUCUUUUUGACUGCUGCUCUGAUAUGCAUAUCUGUUGCUUGACAUAUUGGUGUCCAUGCGUUGCUUUCGGGCGGAUCUCCGAAAUUGCAGACAAAGGAUCCUCCUCUUGCGCUGGAAAUGGCGUGCUAUAUUACCUCCUCCAGAUUGUAACUGGUUGUGGUUGUUUGUACUCGUGCAUAUACCGUGCUAAACUUCGAAAACUCUAUAUGUUGGAGGAGAGCCCUUGUGGGGAUUGUUGUGUUCAUUGUUUCUGCGAGCAGUGUGCCUUGUGUCAAGAGUAUCGUGAGCUGCAAAACCGGGGCUUUGAUGUGUCUGCCGGAUGGGACGGGAACUCGCAAAAGAACAAUCAAGGAGUGGCUAUGGCUCCAGUUGUGGAAGGAGGAAUGAAGCGCUAGUACUGCAGAAGACGUCCGUGCUUACGCGUA